ACUCCAUCAGCGCAUCCGUCAAAUAGUGCGCUCCACGAUACCGACCAGACAGAUUUGUUUGAUUGAAGGUGCAUUCAAAUUUACAUAAUAAAGGGAUAAUGUCGCAGUUAGUUACUAGAUGUUUGUCCGCCUUUCGACGACAGUUACUCCUGAAUGCCACUACCCCAAUACGAAUCGCUACAGCGUCGAAGAGUAAUCCGGCUUAUGAGCACGAUGGAAAAACGCGAGUUAGCAUCCUCAAUAAGGAGCUGGAUCUGGGUCUCAUGAUAAACAAUUUUAGUCAAGUGGGCUUUAGGUUGAAUAACGAAAUGGUGAUCGUAGGACCGAUGGCCAUAUUUCCGAGGUCCGCUCUUUCCUGGAACGUCGGUAGUAUGGAUGAUAUUAAUGAAGACAGCCUAAGUCUAUUCUACACAUUAGAGCCAAAGAUUGAUAUUCUCGUACUUGGAAUCGGGGAUCAAAAAGUAACUCCCAAGUUCUCACGAAAGAUCAUCGAAUUCAUGAGGAAAUAUAGAAUAAAUGUGGAAGUUUUAAGCACUGAACAGGCCUGUGCAACUUUCAAUUUUCUUAAUGCCGAGAGUCGAAUGGUGGCGGCUGCACUUAUUCCGCCACUGCAUAUAUCCUACAACGAGAAUGAUUUGUUGCAAACUAAGCUUAGACAAAAAGAAUUGUAUCAUACGGAUGAUUUUUAAGUGCAAAGUUGUGAUAUGAAGGCUGUUAAAUAAAUGCAAAACAUAAACGUU